ACGUGCGAGGACGCCCGCGGCCCGGGGCCCGCCGCGCUGCACCCCGACGAGGUCGCCGCGCGGCUGCAGCGGAUGCGCCGCGAGCUGAGCAACCGCAGGAAGAUCCUGGUGAAGAACCUGCCCCAGGACAGCAGCUGCCAGGAAGUUCACGAUUUAUUACAAGAUUAUGAGUUAAAGUAUUGUUAUGUGGACAGAAAUAAGCGAACAGCUUUUGUUACCUUAUUGAAUGGGGAACAAGCCCAGAAUGCAAUUCAGAUGUUUCAUCAAUAUUCUUUUCGAGGAAAAGACUUAACAGUCCAGCUCCAGCCAACAGACGCUUUGCUGUGCAUUACCAACUUGCCCACUUCUUUUACAUUAGAAGAGUUUGAAGAACUUGUUCGCGCUUAUGGAAACAUCGAGAGAUGUUUUCUGGUCUAUAGUGAAGUUACUGGCCAUUCCAAAGGCUAUGGAUUUGUGGAAUACAUGAAAAAGGACUUUGCUGCAAAGGCCAGAUUGGAGCUAUUGGGCAAACAGUUGGGAGCAUCAGUCCUCUUCGCACAGUGGAUGGAUGUUAAUCUGUUGGCCGCAGAGCUCAUCCAUUCGAAGUGCCUUUGUGUAGAUAAGCUCCCUGGUGGCUACAGGGAUUCAGAGGAGCUGUUGCAAUUUUUUUCCAGUAUCCAUAAACCCGUGUUUUGCCAGCUUGCACAGGAUGAAGGUAGCUAUGCCGGUGGCUUUGCAGUGGUUGAAUAUAACACUGCAGAGCAUGCUGAGGAGGUUCAGCGCGCAGCUGAUGGUAUGACCAUCAAGAGAAGCAAAGUCCAAGUUUCCUUCUGCGCCCCAGGAGCCCCAGGGCGAAGCACGUUAGCAGCCUUGAUAGCCGCUCAACGUGUGAUGCACAGUAAUCAAAAGGGCUUACUUCCAGAGCCAAAUCCUGUACAAAUUAUGAAGAGUUUAAACAACCCUGCCAUGUUACAAGUGCUUCUACAACCCCAGCUCUGUGGGCGAGCUGUUAAACCAGCAGUUCUUGGAACACCUCACAGCUUGUCACAUCUGAUGAAUCCAUCCAUCUCCUCUGCAUUUUUACAUUUGAAUAAAGCACAUCAGAGCUCAAUUAUGGGUAAUACUUCUAAUUUAUUCGUUCAAAGUCUUUCCCAUGUACCCCUGGCACAGCAACAGUUAAUGAAGUUUGAGAAUAUUCAUACUAAUAAUAAACCGGGCUUGCUUGGAGAGCCCCCAGCUAUGGUACUGCAGACUGCGGUGGGGAUGGGGUCAACGCUUCCCUUGAAAACCGAGCUGGGUCGUCAUGGAGAAGCACAUAAAACAUCUAAUCUGAUUCCAACUCAAACAACUAUCACAGCUGGAAUGGGCAUGUUACCAUUCUUUCCAAAUCAGCACAUUACUGGACAAGCUGGGCCAGGUCACGGGAACACUCAGGAGAAACAGCCAGCCUCUGUGGGAAUGGCAGAAGGAAAUUUCUCAGGGUCACAGGCUUAUCUGCAGAGCUUUCCGAACCUUACCACUGGAGGUGUGCUGACAGGACACCAUAAGCAACAGCAAAGUCAGCCAAAAGGCACGGAGAUAAGUUCAGGGGCCGCCUCUAAGAAUCAGACUUCACUCUUGGGGGAACCACCAAAAGAAAUUCGGCUCAGUAAAAAUCCAUACUUGAAUUUGGCAAGUGUGUUGCCCAGUGUGUGCUUAUCGUCUCCUGCAAGCAAAACCACUCUACAGAAGACUGGAAUUGCAAGCAACAUUCUGGAUGCAAUCUCUCAGGGAAAUGAAUCACAACAGACAUUGGAAAAGUGCAUUGCUUAUUCUCCACCUUUUGGUGAUUAUACACAGGUGUCAUCUUUAAGAAAUGAAAAGCGAAGCUCGUCGUAUCUUGUCUCUGCCCCAGAAAGUGGUUCCGUAGAAUUUGGUGACCAGCAUCCUCAGGGCACAGGAGCAUAUUACAUGGAGACCUACUUAAAAAAGAAGCGAGUGUACUGAGUUCUCUCCUUAUACAACCUCCUAAGGUUCUCUGCAGUAUCUCUGCUGUUCAUCGCUGCCUUAACUACAUUCAGACUAGCCAUAUCCUUUAAAUACGGGUUUAUCAUUUCCCAGAAGGAACUGUGUUGUGCAGCAGGCAGAAUUGCCAAAUAAAAAGUAAGUAGCAAUAAGAGCAGACAUCAGUUGAAGACAUUUUCCACUAGAAUUAGAUGCAUCUUAGUCAAUGUGAUAUUAACGUAUAGUCCAUUGCAGAAAUUAACAAUAUUCCUUGUUUAAGGACUGGGAAUAAUUUUGACACCAUAUAUAAAAGUCUGAAGCAAUAAAUGGGAAACAGUUUUGUUUCCAGGGCCUUAGAAGAAUGAGUUUCUUAUAAGCCAAUGUGCAUUUCAAUUGACUUUCCCUGAUAAUCUUAUUUAUAGAUUUUUUUAGAACUAUAAGUACAAAAUGCAGUGAUGGUCAUGUUAUAAAGAUGCUCUAUAUGCGAAGUAAAUUAUUACCGCACCCCACACACACCAGCCAUGCAAUAUAAAACCCAAUCACAGAGAGCGGUGUCCAAUGUAUACACUACCACAUAUACUUACUUUUAGUAUGUUUUUAACCACUUAUGCCUUUUGUGAAAAACAAGGUAUUUUAAGAAAAGUAGCUUUGGUGAUCUAAUUUUAGGGGUUGGCAAACUAUAUAUCCUGGGGUUCAGUCCUCUACCUGUUUUUGUACAGAGGACAAGCUAAGAAUGAUGUUUACAUUUUUAAAUGGUUGGAACAAUGAAAAUUUAUGACCUUAAAAUUGUAUGAAAUUUAAAUUUCAGUGUCCAUACAUAAAAUGUUAUUGGAACACAACCAUGAUCAUUUACAUACUGUCUGUGGUUACUUCUGUACUACAUGGCAGAGCUGAGUAGCUGGGACAGAGACCAGAAGGCCUGCAAAGCUGAAGUAUUGACUAUCUGGCCCUGCAAGCUUUCAGAGAGAAAGUUUGCUGACCCCAUAGUACUGAUUCUCUAAUUCUUUCACUUAAAGAAAGACCUUGAACUUUUGCAGCAGACUUGUCAGUGGCAAGGAACAUGGAUAUGUCUCAUUUCAUAGCAUAGACGAGUGAUGAUCUAAUUGGUAGAGCGGGACAUAUCCUGAUCAUCAGAUGCCCUAUUUCCACACUGUUACAGUGAAGCGGUCAGUCCUGUGCUUACUGAAGGAGUCUGCUGGAGGAACAGUAUUUAUAGCCAUUUGAGCUAGUAAGCUUUACCUCACGCUCUGCUUUGUCUCUUAUCCUUUUGUAGUGUGUUAGGCUAAAAAAUUAUCAGCUAUUUAACCUAAUUUACUUCUGAAAAAAAUUGUUUAUUGCAUAUAUACUUUUGACAUCACCAUUUCCUAAAAACGUUGGUAUUAAAUGCAUGAGAUAGCGUCUGCCAUCUAGAACUAAGUUUGUUCCUUGUUCUGAGACUGUAAUUGAUGAUAUGAAGUUUAGGGGGUCUCGAUGAUCUAGUCUUAUGGACUCAGGUCGUUCAAAACCUUGUACUUUGGGGGACUUAUGAUUUUUGACCAUGAUAUAAGGUUAUCUAUCCUGUUUUAAUUAUGAAGUUUAAAAUUGGUACAUAAUGUUGUAUGAUUUGUGAAGAACUUGACUUGGUCUAAUUUAUUGCUUAUAUUAACUUUUGGAAAAUGACAGCUAGAAAGUUAAACUAAGGUAAUUUCUAGGAAGUAUACUACCUAUAAAUAACUGAUCGGGAUAGGCACCCCUUGGUUAUGACUCAGCAGAUAAAUAAUGGAAUCUCCAUGCUCUGCACGUCUUCCCAUUUUCCUGUUGCGUUAAGCUUCUUCCGUGCUUAGUCAUGACUCAGUGAUAGCAUAAAACAAACAGAAGAAAGGGAAGAUGGUGAAUUUUAAAUCAGAGCUGCAAAAAUGAAAGCAGGAAGAGGCUGAAAAAACUAAGAGAUUCUGGAUGACAGCACAUGUGGGUCUGCCAUCCGUCCUGGGCUGUGCCCCAUUAUACCAUUGGACAUAACAGAGAAGGACAAAUAACGUACUGCUGGUAAUGACGACCAUUACCAACCCUUCCCAAAGUAUACACUGUUAUUUUUCUAAGUAAACGAAUUGUUUGAGAUGCUUUGAAAAUGAAGUCUUAAUAUUAAAAGGCAUAUGCAUGUGAA